AUGGCAGACAGAAAUAUGCAGCUGAGGAAGGACGAGAUCCUUGCGAAGAAGGCCAAGCUCGCGGAGUUGAAGCGGCAGAGAGAGCUACGGCAGAGGGAGUUCUCACAGAAUCGCAUGAGUGUUGGAGAAAGCUCUUCUGAGGUGCUAUCUCCCAUUCCAAAUCGAUCUGAGAACAGAGCUGAGCUGGACAACCUCAUAUCCAGACUAGUUGACAGACCUUCUUCUGCAGCUUUAAGAGAUGGCGGCGAGCAGUCUCCAAGGGGCAGGGGAAGUAGGCCGAAUUCGGUUCUUAGUGCUGGACAGUUGAGCGGAGACAUCGAAACAUUCACUCCUCCUACACGGCCGUUGUCACUUUCUAUAGCAACUCAAACAAUCGACGAGACACCUUAUAAUGCCGUACCAGAACCAGCUCCCACUGCGCCGCCAAAGGUAGAAAUCCUUACAUACAGCAAAGGCGUCCAAACAGACUCGAUCCCAGCGCCAGAAACGCCGGUGGACGAUGAUAUAUCAGAGUUGGACGAUGCUAAUUCACCCACGACACCAUCUCGAUCGUCAAAACGUUUUAGUCGACGAGCGAGAGAAAAAGACGAAGAGAUACGUGAUAACCUGCGAAAGGAGAUUGAAGAAGAGCUGAAGCUGGCCAAAGAUUGGGCCAAUGGCGGAUCUACAUCUACAUCUAAUCAGUUACGAUACCCCCUACGCACAUUGACAGCCGACGAGCUAAAUGCCGUCACUUCUGCAAGCGAGUUUUUAGAUUUCGUCGAAAGAUCUAGCAAGGUUAUUGAAAGAGCAUUGGAUGAAGAAUAUGACGUUCUGGCAGAUUAUGCUUUGGGUGGAGUUGGUGCGGAGGAUGAAGAUGACGAGGAGUAUGGGACAGGCAGGAAGAAGAGAGAUUUGAAAGAAGUCACACAAUUUUUUGACGAACGAUGGAGCAAGAAGAGAAUGAUCAGUGAUAUAAGUUUUUCUCCAAAGUUCCCUGAGCUUGUUUUGGCAUCGUACACCAAGAACCCAACAGCUCCUCAUGAACCGGACGGCCUUGUGCAAGUCUGGAACCAACACCUUCACACACGGCCUGAAUAUGUCUUUCACUCCACAUCGGACAUUCUAACAGCCAAAUUUUCACCGUUUCAUCCCAACCUCAUAGUGGGUGGGUCAUAUUCCGGACAGGUUCUGCUAUGGGAUACACGGUCGUCCCGUGCUGGAGGUGGUGCCCCGGUACAGAAAACACCGCUGUCCGGAUCAGGUCACACUCAUCCAGUGUAUAGUAUCGCGAUCGUGGGAACGCAGAACGCACAUAACAUACUGACGGCUUCGACCGACGGUGUUGUUUGUGGAUGGACAGUCGACAUGCUCUCACAGCCACAGGAAUACCUGGAACUGACCACCCCUCCCCCAUCCAAGACCGAAGAUCUUGCCCCUACGACGCUGUCCUUCCCUCAGUCAGACCCUACUUUCUUCCUCGUUGGCACCGAAGAGGGAACCAUCUAUCCAUGCCAUCGAUAUGACCGUGCAGGUGCCAAAUCGGGGACGGACCACCGUCUCUCAUACCGCGGCCACGCUGCCCCGAUCAUGUCGACCGCCUUCCACCCUGCGCGGGGACCAGUCGACCUGAGCGAUCUCAUGCUCAGCUCUAGUCUAGACUGGAGUGUGAAGCUGUGGCGCAUCCGUGCACCAGCCUCGACCUCGACGUCGGGGACCUCGUCCACCGCUCAACUACAGACAGUCUCACCGAUCCUCGACAUUACCCGGGAAGACGUGGUCUACGAUGCCAAGUGGUCGCCCCAUCGACCGGGUAUAUUCUCUCUUGUCGACGGGGCCGGAAGACUCGAGAUAUGGGACCUGCAGCAGGAAACAGAGGUACCCGUUGGCAGUGCGACGCCGACAGCUGGCCGUGGUGGCGUCCUAACCAAGGGGCUAAACAAGGUUGCCUGGGAGGAACGAGAGGGCCGACGAGUUGCUACUGGUGGCCUGGACGGGGUAGUGACUGUAUUCGACGUCGGAAAGGGACUCAGUGGCAGCGCCGAGGACGUUUCUGCAGACGAGUGGGCUGGCAUGAAGCGACUCACCAGCAAGCUAGAGCAGAGCAGCCGCGAGCGGAGCCUGUGA